AUGUUUGAGCGGCAAAGAGGCACUCUCAGAGAUGAGAAGGUUGUUGAGCACUUGGUCUUUGACUACCUGAAGUGCUGUUCGGGCACACCAGUGAGGAACCAGUUCAGGUGCCUAGCAGCCCUGGCGGUGGCCUUCGUCUUCACGAUCUUUGCCUCGGUCAUGAGCUGCGACCAGUGGACCUUCUUAGCAGAAGGCCACGGUGUGGUGGACCAGAAGCUCAAGAAGAUGGGGGUGGAGAAGGCACGGCAUUCCCUUGGAGACGACCAGAGGUCGGUCUGGGGGCAAGUGUCACAGGUGCUGGGCUCUGGGGAGGACUUCCGCAUAUGGCCACCUGGAAAGAUGGGCACAUGGAUUAUGCAGAUGGUCCAUGUGGUUUUUACCGUGCGCGGAGCCAUCAAGUUCAAAGGUGCCCACGUGACGCUUCGGAUCCUUCAGUGCGCCACGGGGUCGCGGGAGUCGGGGUCGGCGCAAGAGGUCCUCCUUCGGAAGGCACGUGCGUUGGAUGACACGCUGGGCGACGCCUUCGGGGAGGACGAAGACACGGCAGGUGAGCUCGAGCUCCCUCGGCCGGCAGUCCAAGAUCCGAAGGUUGAGGAUUUCUCGGAACAGCUGAAGAGCUCCAGCGAGGAGUUUGAGAAGUUCCGAAGUUCCUUGCGUGCGCAGCAUGGCCCGCUCUUCCGGCGCUAUGCGAACCUGCGGAACAGCGAGCGCGGCGUGGAGGGCGCUAAGCCUCACACGAGUUUGCUGAGCCAAACAGUCGCUGCGAUGGUCCAGCUGGCUGACCUUCGUCAGGGGCCCUGUGAUUUUCCUGUGGUGUGGGCUUUGUGGGCAGGGGUUCCUGGAUGCCAGUCUGGUGACUGCGGCACUGGAACUUUUUGA